GCCGGGCGGCGCGCCCGCUCGGGGGCGCGGUCGCGCGAGCGAGGGCGGCGGCCGCCUCGUGCGGAGGAGGUCGCGCCCCAGCCUCGGUUCGGCUGCCGGCGCCCCGCAGGGCCGAUGGCGGUCGUGCCCGCGGCCCAGAUGGAUCGACCGAGGCACCCGUCGCCCGCGGCGCGCGGCCUGCGGCCGCGCGCGCCUGGAGCGGCGCUGGGUGCAGCGCUGCCAUGGCCGCCGCCGCCUUUCAGGCCCGCGGACCUGGGUGGCGGGAGGCUGGUCGUGCGGAACACCUUCUUGCACUUCGAGGACCGAGCGGUGAGGAGGACAUGUCCAUGAGGAGUCUACACACCUCGUGGUCGGCGCCAGCGCUUCUGCCCACGCAAUUGGGCCUGGAGGCGCCAACUGGCGAGGCACGCUUGGAGGAGGGCCAGCCGAGACACCUGCAGACCUCCCUGGCGCUUGGCCAGGAGGCGCCAACUGGCGAGGCACGCUUGGAGGAGGGCCAGUCGAGACACCAGCAGACUUGCCUGGCGCUUGGCCAGGAGGCGCCAACCGGCGAGCCACGCUUGGAGGAGGGCCAGUCGAGACACCGGCAGACCUGCCUGGCGCUUGGCCAGGAGGCGCCAACCGGCGAGCCACGCUUGGAGGAGGGCCAGUCGAGACACCGGCAGACCUGCCUGGCGCUUGGCCAGGAGGUGCCGAUCGGCGAGCCGCCGUCGUCAAUCGGCGUCGAGCGGCGCACCACCGUGGUGCUUCGCAACGUGCCCUACCUGCUCACGCGGGACAUGCUCGUGGCCCUGCUGAACUCGCAGGGCUUCCGAGGACAGAUCGAUUUGGUGUACCUGCCGAUGGACUUCAAGACGAACCAGGCGGUCGGCUACGCGUUUGUGAACGCGGUGAGCGCUGAGGUCGCCAUCCGCCUUUUCGGCGUAUUCGAGGGCUUCCAGGCGUGGCCCAAAAGGAGCGCGAAGGUGUGCAGCGUGUGCUGGGGCACGCGGCAGGGCCUCGAGAGCAACCUCCAUGCCUACGGCAAGCUCACGGUCAUGCAGGCGAGGUUCCCCGAUGCUUGGAAGCCUGUCUUCCUCUCGCAGGGCAACCAGGUGGCCUUCCCCAAGCCCAGGAGGAAGACCGCACGCAACCUGAAGAGUCUCCGCAGCGUUGGCGACGCGCCGCGGGCCUGA